AUUCUAACGAAUCUUCAUUUAGAAGUUAGAGAUCUUCCAAAGAGUGAAAAUGUCAUUUGGAAAUUCUAAACUAGUCACGUUUGUUUUAUUGAUUUUUGUCUUAUCAGUUAGCAGACAUGUUUCAGGGAAUUCUUUAGACUUGGUUAAAAUAAUUUUCUACUUUGGGCCAACAUUUGAAGACCACGAAAUUUAUGAUCUUGACGAUGUGGCUUCUAUCUUGAAACAUCCAAAAUUUGUGCACGAUAAAACCAGUUGCUACUUUCAUGGCUAUACUAAUACUCAAAAUGAUUACAGUAUUCAUUUAAUGGUAGAAUCUUAUUUGAAGGGAAAUGAUUUUAAUUUGCUGAUGGUUGAUUACGCUGUUUUGGUCAAUGGAAGUUAUGUCUCAGCUCAGGAAAAUGUCUUAAAGCUUGUUCCCAUAAUAUCGGAUUCAUUUUUGGACCUCAUCGAUGCUGGUUUGGAUGUAAACUCUCUUAGUUUAGUUGGACAUUCGAUGGGAGCUGUAACAAUUGGAUUGAUUGGUCGAGAAAUUUAUAAAAAGACAAAUGGAAGUGUUCUUCUUCCAAGAAUUACACCAUUGGAUCCACCUAACCCAGAAGCCCAUGCUGUUUAUAUCCUUCCUCCAGUAGAAAAAACCGAUGCCAAAUUUGUCGAUGUGAUUCAUUCGAGUGCUGGACAAAGGGGCACAUCCGUACACACGGGACAUGCUGACUUUUGGCCAAAUGGAGGGAAACCAAUUCAACCAGGAUGUCCUGAAGAAAGUGUUAACAAGCUAUGUAGUCAUUCGAAAGCAUACGCAUACUGGGCUCAAAGUGUUUCUAAGGUUAACUCAGAACAAUUGCUAUCACAUCGGGCAUCGAAUUAUGAUGAAUUUUUGGAAAAUGAAGACAAUUUGAAAAGAGAAGAAGCUGUUCCAAUGGGAAUUUACUGUCAACCUAGUGCAUGUGGUGACUACUAUUUAAAUUUGAACAGCAACUAUGGUGAAACUGGUGACCCAACUGGUCUUCCUAAAUAAAUUAUAUUUUUUUGAACUAAUAGGACUGAGAAAUGGCUUUGAAUAAAAAAUGAAUUCAAUAAA